AUGCCAACCGUGAAUAUGCUUGCUUUGAAGCGUGCAUCAGAGUGCAUACGCGUCGCGAGAGGGAUUUUUAUAUUUACAAGAAAUGCAUCUACAAAUAUCUCGGAUCAUCUUCCCAGACCUUCAAAGGAGUACCUGUCUAAAAUGGGUGAGCAACCGGUCCCCGAUCAAAGAGAAAAUGAACAGUUAAAAGUUCUAAAGAAGCUGAAGCAAGAAAAUGACUCAACACUGGAGGAACAAAUACGACGAGCAAUGAAACGAAGGUCUUUGCGAAUGACAUUCUGGGAAAUGUUUCUUAUUACUUUUAUAGGAUCAUGUGCUUUGAAUAUACAAAGAGAGACAAACAGUGCGGAGGAAUACAAUGACAACUACAAGCUGCGAUUUGAACACUUUGAGAGGAUCAUCAAAGGUUUAUCUCAGGGAGAUGUAACCAUUGAAGAGAUUGAGGAAGACUUAGAUCCUCUUAAUGAGAGAUUCGAGACGGUUUUCCAUUUACCCGGAUCUAGAUUUGAAGGUCUCAGGGGAUUGGAUAAAAAGCAUCUUAAAGAGAAAUAUCACAAACAUGAAGACGAAUCUUCAAAAGAAGUGGAAGAUUCUGAGCUUCUUGCUGAAGCUAUUCCGGAGGAAAAGAUAAAGAAAGAUAACUCUGAAUUAAAGACAUUCUUAUGA